AUGCAAAGGCAAGUGGUAACAAUUAACUUGCCAAAGUACAAGAAAAAAGUUGAAAGAUUUGGUUGCGAUUUUACAAUUAAAAAUUGUAGGGUGAAUGAUGCCGAGUUUGAUCCAGAUGAAGUAGACCCCAAAACGGUUAAUGAAGAUCUAGGAAUCGAUGAUAAUCAAGCACCCCGAGAAAGUCCAAGAACAAGGGAACUUUCUGAUGUAGAUUUUGAGUCCGAGAGUGAGGAGCAAGUGUUAGAAGAAGACGAAUAUGAGUCGGAUGGGGUUAAAAUAAUGGAAGUGUGUGAAGAAGAUUAA